AUUGCUGUUUGCCAUUGGUUGUGCAUUCCAAGUUGACUCUCGAGGCGGAUUUGUUUUUUUUGCUUGUUUAAUACCUGAGUUAAAACAGUGUGAACGAAAUCUUCGAGAACUCCAAAGGAGUCAUUGGCGGAUAUCGAGCAGGGCGGGGAAAGUUACAAACUAGUGGAAUUAAGCCAAUAAAGUUUUGGUAGAAGUCAACGUACGCGGUUUGUUAUACGGUUAUACGGUUUGCGAAUAUCGACGAGGCGUUCUGAGUUCUGUGGUUUAAUGUUACCUCCCCAAGUGAUACCCCAAACUGUGUUACCUUGAAGAGUUGAAGAGGCUGCCGGUAUCCGAUGACACACAGUCAUCAGGAACAGGAAGCGACGAGUUCAAAACUGAAAAGGAAGCAAUAAUUUGAAUUUUUGGACCGUUCGACAAACUCCCAAGCGGUCACUGUGCGGAGAAUCAAUGAAUUUUGAAUCAAUUAUUUUAAUUGGUUUUGAAAUUGAAUCGAUUGGGUGUCUGUCGAGGUUCAAUUUUAAUUUUACUUCCUUUUCACAUGCUGCCAAUUCUGGGAUAGAGUAGGCUCCGACAUACAACCACGCCCCGGGGACAGGUACAAUCCUAUUGAACACCAGUCUCGCUUCCGGUGAUUAAAGUUUCAACAGUGUUCUAUCAGUUCUAUCAGACAGGUGUGCUUGUCAUCAUCAUCAUCAUCAGCAUUAUUGUGUGUGAGAGUGCAACGGAGUUUGCCAGUGCCAGAAAGAAGUGCCAAAACGAGGGGGAGCCAGAUGAAAAUCACAACACGGCUUGAUUUGUGCUAACAAAAUCAAACGGUGAAUGAGAAGUGAUAAGAAGUCACGCAAACAAAAAAUUGAAAAUAAAAGUGAGUCUGUGUGAAUAUUCAAAUCCAUUGUUUGCAUAUUUUGAUCGGAGCAUCGACACCAACCCGAUCGAAGAAAGUGAAAUCGGCCAAGGGAAAGGCGUCGUGCUUUCGGAGUUCGGAGGAAAGUGAAAAUACCAGCAGAAUUCCAGUCAUGAAUCGGCUCCGAGUAUUCAACUUUAUGCUGUUUGCAUUCUGUUUUUUAUGCACAAUCCGACAAUUAGAGAGCACCUGUGUACUUGAUUCCGACUUCGGUUUCAUACUAAAUUGUGCCUUCAAAAAGUCCGGCCUGUUUCGCGUGCGGAACCUCGGGGGCGUCAAAGCGCACUUCGGGCUAGGUUUCAGCGUAGGAGACGAGCUGGGUUUGGCCGAGUCACUCGGCAACGUUGAGGGCAGCAAGAGACGAGCGCUGAACAUCCGGACCAAUGUCAAUAACAUCGGGGUACUGCCCGCGUCUAAAAUGCCGGCGUCUUACCCACCUCCGAUUCAACAAAGUCGCCCACAAGCGCUGACCGCUCGACCUGUGCUCAAGCUGGCUACUAACAAUCCGAUCCAAAAUCUACAAAAACCAACACAGGGAACGCCAGCGUACGUGUCGCCCGCGACUAACUUAAUGACCAAAGCCACUUCCCUACCGCUGGGAGUACCUGCAUUCAAACCGCUACCAAAGCAUGAACCAGAACCGGUGAGAUUCGACCCGUCCCUUCUCCAGCAGAACUUCUCUCUCAAACCCUCCCGAAUCCCCGAUCUUUCAUUCCAGAACCAACUUAUGAACCAGACCUCUUCCUUCCAUAACCCUCCUGCUCCCAACCAGCAGAUCAUCUACAAGGACGCCUCUAUCCAGAAAGUCCCCGCCUUCCAGGCUAUGCCUCAGUCUGUUUCCCGCAUCUCAACCGGCCCGGUGAUCCACGUUGAUAACAAACUCUCAAACCCAACGAUCAAGAACUCAAUCAUGACAAUUCCUCCGCGCCACGACGUCAUCGGCAAAGGGGCCACCGUUGUCGAUGGAGUAGAUCUGAUGGGUCACACCGUCGAGGAGUUGGCUACUGCUGCGAACGUUAGCGUCGAAGUCAUCAGGGAGGCGAUCCGAGUGCGCAAACAGGAAAUUCUCGCCCAGCAGCAGUACCAUAAGCAACAAGCGGCCAUUAUCCAGGCGCAGAUCCUCGCCGCCCAGCAAGCAACAUCAACGACGACGAGCACAACGACGACCAGUACUACAACCACUACCACACCACGGCCACGCCGGUAUCCGACGCAUUCCGGGCACAAGGUUAUGAACGCGCCAAAAGAAUACUAUCCGGUGGGAUAUGACAAAAACUUCGACGAUAACUUCUCCUCGAAGGUCGAUCUGCCGUACACGACGUUCAAUUGUGGCGAGCAGAAGCAUUUCCCCGGACUAUACGGCGACGAAGAUUUGGGAUGUAUGGUCUUCCACGUGUGCGCGCUCACCGACGACGGUCUAAUCAUGAAGUCGUUCCUCUGCCCGGAGAGCACCCUGUUCGAUCAGACGAUCCUCAAGUGCAACUGGUGGUUCUACGUGGACUGCAAGAACAGCAAGAGCCUGUACGACUCGAACCUGCCCGUCUCCAAGAGCUACCAGCUGAUGAAGGCCCUAUCGUUCUUCUCGACGAACUACAAAAAUCCCCAGAACCUGGACGAAGGUGUGGACGUGGAAGCGCUAAAAAACAGCGUGACACUCAACAGCAGCAGUAACAACAACAACAACAACAACAACAACAACAACAGUAACUUGGUGCCAACAGGAGCACGAUCCUCCUCCUCCCGUGGUGUGGAAAUAAAUGGCAAGCCACCGUCCUCCGAGUCGGCGGAACCGUCGCUCGCGAAGCCCAAGGCGUAGAGCGGUGAAUUCCACACCACAUAACUCACACGGUAAACUCUAUGGGAUUGCCAAAUGUUUCUUCGCUCAAGUAGAUGUGCUAAUAUUUCGCUCUGCUAAGUGUAUAUUUGGUGAGCUUUCGGGCUAGUACUGAUAACAAAAAAAAAGAUGGGGGUAGUGAAAAGAAUGAAAGGAGUAGCGUUGCUCAGUUAGGAUUGUUUGUUGUUAGUGUUAGGAAUUUUCUUUUCCCAUAUUCUUUUUUCUCGCAAGCUGUGAGCUUGUGGGAAGAACAAAAGACAUUUUGUUUAAGCUAAACGGAAUCGGUAGGCAUUAGGGACAAGCGAACAAGUCAUAUCCAUAAAACGUAGUUGCUAAAUCUAAUUUAACUGGGAAAGGCAAGUGGAAAGUUCCACCUCCAACCUCCUAGGGUUGAAAAACGAAGGGUUGACGAAAAAAGAAAAAAAAAACACACAAACAAGCUGCUUUGCUUUUCGCCUGUGCUUUGCGUCGCUCUCAAUGAGAAAAGGUGCGGCGGAAAAGGGUUGUUUCUACAAAAAGCGGCGAUGGGUUGACACACGGGAGGAUUAAUUCAGUGCGGAAGAUUUGAACGAAAGAAACGCACCCUUGUUUCUCUUCAAAUCCCCCUGAAGGUAGGCCACUGGUGUGGCAAAACUCAUCUCGUCGCUCUGCGUCACGGCGGGCUGAGUAGCAGAAAAUAAUCGACGAUAAUAUACGGAUCAAAUGUUUCGUGAAAUAACUGCUUUCGAAUGGAAAAUUUUUGUUUCUGUUAUUAGUUCUUUUUUUUGAACAAUACGAAUAGUUUAUUCAAAAAGCAAGGUCGCAUAUUUUCCCCCCAAAAAUAUGCACCUUCCAUUUAGUUACGUUUUCCAACACAGACUUUAUAUUCGUACCUAUCUUUAUCAUACCUACCUAGGAACUUUGAAAUCCAAUUUGUUUUUUUCUGACGUAGGACUUCGUAUUUAAUUUCUAUUUAGGUGGGUCACUCUACGAAAAAUGUAACGAAAAUUAAGGGUUUCAAUGAAUUCCAAAUUUUAAAAAACGCAAAAUCAACUCGUUAUUGCGAAGAACAGUGGAAUCCGUUUGUUAUGACUCCGCUUAUAUUCACCUACCACCUAUUAUUGCGUAAUUACACGACGAAGUUUUGUUCUCAAAUAUAUUUUUUUGUAAAAAUAUGACUUAUGUACUUGCAUAAGUACAUAUUCCCAUUAAAAAAACGUUUUUUCACAAAACGCUUUGUAUGACAUCCGCUUAUUAUGGCCUCCCUUCGAUGUCAAUAUAAACGGAUUCCACUGUAUGUCAUAUUAUGUACCAUUAGAUGGGAAAUUUAUCCAGCAUUCAUUUUUAUUGAAACACAAACGGUGAAGAACAAAAGAACGGUGAAACAAAUGAACAAUUUAACGAAAAAAGUAAGCAUGAGUUUUAAAUAUUACUCGCUGCUUGCACUGUGUGGGAAGAGAAACAAACAACAACAUUUUGUUGAUGUAUCCUCAAGUUUGAAUUAGGAUUGGUUUCAUCAUUGCACAAUGGCCAUAGGAACGAAUUUAAGUGGAAAUUUGCAUCUAAAGCACAACCACUAUUCUCUAGAUUCAAGACUAAAACUGUCUUCGACAAAUAUGUUAUAUAUGAUGGAGCCCUCAUCUAUAUGUUGUCAAAAAUAGAGUGAGCAAAGUUUUAGAGAUAGACGUAGACAUAGUUCAAUAAUUUUGUAGCCACAGUUACUCAAAGCAACUUUGUAGAACAACGUUUUUUUUCUAUCAUUCAAUUUAACUUUAUUUAGCGCUUUUUUUCAACGCUGUAUCAGGGUCACCACGAUAACGAAGUCGUUUUGAUCUAACUUAUAUAUUUUAAAUUCUACAUACAAACUGUCUUUGGACGACUUUUAGAACUUACCAAGACAAACAUUUUUCGAUGUAAAUUUUGGGAAUAUUAUGAUCCUUCUCAAAGUUAUUGAUAUAUUUUCUCCAAAAAUACGCCCUUAUCAUUUGUUGGUCGUUCUUUGCAGGGCAAAAAUAAAAAAUGUUUAUUGGUGGCAUUCCGAAGGGUAUAUUUGACUCUACAUAAUGUGAAACUUUCAAACAAAGAUGUUGUUGUUUGUACUUGAGUAAACAAAAUUUGAAAUCAUGAAUUUUUGAGCAUUUUCCGUAUGUUGCAUUAGGGUAACCAUUGAAAAAACAGUUGUUUGCUCUUUUAUAUUUGAAAUUCUACAUCACAAAUGUCUCCGAACGACUAUUUGAUAGGCUGACCAAAUAGUUUAGGAAUAAAAACCAAACGCAUAAGCCAAAAACAAAAUGUAUACGAGGAUUACAUUAUUUGAAGAAUUUUAUUGAGUGAACAGAACCGAGAACAAAAUCAAAUAAUCAAAUAUUUUUAGAUAUACUUGCUUUGGUCCCGUUGUUCUCGACAGCGAAGGAAUGUUCAGAAGACGGAGUGACUUUGCGAGAAAGAUUAUGAUUUUGUGAAAUAUUAGAAUAAAAUUUGUCACUUUCCAGAUCGAAGCUCUAUUUGAGAAUUAUCAUGUAUUCAAAGGUUCCAUUAUUGAGACCUGACCAGUGUUGCCACGUUUUAAUCUCUACCAGAGGGGUUAAAAAUCAUUCUCAUCUGUACUUUUUUUUUUUCCAAAAAUAUUCGUUGUAUAGAUAAAAAUAAUUUAUUGGCAUGAAAAAAAAAAUAUUAAAAAAUACAAAAAUACACUCGACAAUUGCCGAGGAGUGAGACAUAGUGAGAACGUUACAAACAAGACAUCAAAGCGCCGAAACGCGAGCGAACUGAAUCCAAUUUUUGUCCACCAACCCUGCAAACAGGGUUGCCACAUAUACAGAAUAUUCUGUAUUUUACAGAUUUUUAGCCAAAUUUCAGAUACAGAAUCACAGAAUUUCAGCAAAAAUACAGAAUUUACAGAUUUUUUUGAAAUUCAAUUUUAAACAUUAAAUUUAUUACAGUGCAUAUACCUGCAGAUACCUUGAUUUAUAAAAAAGUUGGACGCAACGCAACGAGAUGGCUUUCGUUGGAGGCAGUUAUUAAGCGAAAUCUUGAGCAAUUCGAAGAGCUUAAACUAUUUUUUUCGUUCCAAGCUAUGUAUGACCAUAAUCAAUCCGCCAAUCGUAUAUUGGCUCAUUUAAACGACCCUAUGACUAAACCGAUUAUACUGUUCCUAAACUUUGUUCUACCGCUGAUCAAUAAUGUCAAUCGCUCAUUUCAAUCAGAAAGUUCUCAAUUUUCCAAACUUUAUAAUGAGAGAAGACUGUUAUUGUUGAUCAUGUUGGGUACCUUAUGUUUGGAGAGCUACGUGCAACGAUUCGUUGAUGCUGACCUUUAUGUGAAAGAUUUUGAAGACUUUCUGGGGAAGCCUGAGGAUGUUUGCGUUGGCAUCGAUGCAGAAGAAGCUGAAAAAGGAUUGAGUACAGCUAGGAAGUAGAUCUUCAAAUCGAUUUGUCGUUACUUCUAUAUUGAACUCGUGAAACAUAGUUGCAGCCUUGAUGAACCCUCAAAAUUUUGUCAAGCUACCAAACCUUAAUAAUUUGAUGCUACAAUUUCCUCAGUUCGUUGAAACAGGUAACAGAGGCUUGGGUUAAGAAUUUAGGCUACUCAAGUCGAAUCGGAUAUAACUUGGUCCCAGCUGUUGGAUGUCAAAAGGCGUGAUGGGCAAUUUUUGUAUCCAUUGCUAAGGUCGUUUGUAAUAUUUGUAUCCAUUGCUAAGGUCGUUUGUAAGACAUUUUUGCGGCUCCGCAAAGCUUAUGCGAUUGAGCCUUACAAAUAAAUAAACUGGAAGAAAAGACAUUUGAUGACAUUCAUCAGUAUGUGUUGAGCGAAUAUUUUUGCUUUACAGUGCCAACAAAACAAAGUCCGGAAAUCGGUUGGUUCCCACAAUUGUGUCACCUAGUUGCAAAACCGGCCAACUCCACAAGUUUAAGAAAUACGUUUCUUCGGUUUUUUAGACCUUCGAUACAUUUUUACACUUAUUGGUAGUGAGAAACAGCACCAAUAUCUAUCAAUUCCCUAUAAAACACGCGUUUGUAAAUCAUGAUGUGCUGCAAAACAGGUGGCAUGAUGCUACAGAAAAUCGCCUUUCCUGUAAUUUUUUUCUUUUUGGAAUUUUGCAACUAAUCGAUACAAUUAUGAACUCUAUUUUGAGAGCGAAGAACUAUGUAUCGGCUCAAGGAGGAGCGUCAAAGAUGAAGUUGAAGGAAAAUUUGAAGGCAAAAUACAAACAAAACCAUGUAAAAACAUCGUAAAAUUCAGAAGUGAAAACCUUUCCUAUGAAUUAUUUUGUUGUAUUGACACGACUUUAACAACCCAUAAAUAAGAAAAAUUAGUUCAAAGUAAAAAUAAACCUUUAUUUAAAUUUUUUUUCCUCUAACUUUCCGAUACAGAUUUUUUAUACAGAUUUUUUGACUAAAAAUACAGAUGUACAGAUUUUUUCAGAAAUGUUACAGAAUUAAAUGUGGCAACCCUGCCUGCAAAUGCUCGUUUUCUGAAACUGUGAUUUUCUUACGGAGUUAUUUUAUUUUUAGGGUACGUAAUUAAUUCUCCACAUCUUGUACAUUCCUAUUGUAGAAUCCUGGAAACGCUUCUAACACAACGUUCAUGCUUAUCAAGUUGGAAAAGCUUCUGGGAUUCAACAUUGCCGCAGCCUUGAGCAUCGGAUCAUCAAAAUCGAAUCUUUUUCUCAUUUGAUUGAUCAGCGCCACGAAAAAAAUGCGACAAAUAUUCUUUGAAAUGAUCUGCUUUGUUACUUUGUUGCUUUUUUUGUAAGAAAUUUCACGCGUGGAAAAAAUCUGUACCAAUCUGUACUUUUUGACGAAAAUCUGUACUCUGGAAAAAAUCCAUACCAUUCCAGAUAAAUCUGUACGUGUGGCAACACUGGGCCUGACUUCUCCGUUGCUCACAUAUUUUUCAUGGUUGAAAAUAUCCUUUCAACUGGUUUCAACAGUAUUACCAGACAGACACAAAAUAUAAUCAAAAAGCUUUAAAAGUUUCACGAAUUCCUUACUCUCUAGAAACCCAUUUUCCGAAAACAUUUUCACUACGAAAACAACACUACUUUCACGGAUUCUUCGUUCCAACUUUUUAGCUCAUCAAUUACAAUUCCUUCGAUCUUUGUCCACACAUCCAACAUCAUCUUUGAUAUUUCUGCACAGGAAUUUUUUUAACCAUUGCUAUGUUCAGUCUCUGAUCAAUCAGAAAUUGAAUUCUAAAAUCUAUUGUAUUUCUCCUAGACUAGCCAUGCACAUUUCAGUGUACUCCAACGCAGUAUCGUGAAAAAUUUCCACUGAAAAUAGAGAAAUUUAAUCCUCUGUAUUUCACUUAAAUAAAUUAGGCUUCUGAGAACUGUUUACCCCUCAUAAAUAAAAGAUUCCCCUCAAAUUCUUCGUUUUUAUGUUAAAGAAUUGUAACACAAUAAUCAAAAUUAAUUAACAGCUGCUUCGGCAACAUUGUCUCUUUCAACAAAGUCAAUGAAUGUUUAGAAGAUUGUUAACCGAUCUCCGAUAUAAAACCAACCAUAAUUUGAGGUAUGGGUUUUCAAAUAAAUCGCGUAGAAUAACAAAACAUUUUUCUUUGAAAACACUACGAAUCUUAUCGAUAGAAGGUCCAAGAGAAAGGAAUCGUGUGUUACCACGCUUUGGCCGUUUAAAGUAAUAUUCGCCGACGAAAUCACAAAACUCUUCGAAAAUCUUCUCAGAUGUUCACUCGAAACAAAUUAGACCCAUUCCAGCGUGACGUGACAACGUUUUGACACACUAAAAACUGGGUUUUUUCUCGGUUUCAUGUCUAAAUCACACGAUUUCCAAAUAGUCGACGACAUUAUAGUAAAAUUGAGAAAAUUUCCAACAAAAAUCUUCAGUUGGAGGAUAUUUUACGGUUGAGUUCGCUUGUUGCCAGUCCAAUACUUUUGUGACGUGACAACACCUGUCUUUUUGCGUUUUCCGAUUUUUGUACGUUAUUGUUGUAUUUUUAGUUCCGUUUCAAAUCAUACUAAUAAACUUUGUUCUUUGAUAUGUCAACGAAAGAUGAACGUGGAUUCCUGUAUAUUCAGUUUUUCAAAAAAAAAUCUCGCAAAAUCCUUGCAAAAAUCGGCAUGCAUUUUGUUAGGUGACAACGCGCUCUGUGCGAAAAAAAAGCGUUGUCACGUCACACAACCAAUAAGUUGUACUAAAUAAGAAUUUCACCGUAUUUUAGAAACUAUUGUACUAUUUUUUAUGUUUUUUAUUACUCUGAAUACUUCUCGCUUUCCUCUGCGAACUUCCCUUCCCCUUCCAAUGGUCUAUUCUGUAAGGUAAGGUGGUCCUAAUCCGACCGGUGAUCCUGGACCUACCCCCCUUGUAUGUCAAGAACGGUGCUUCCCAUCAAAUUUUCAAUAGUGUCAGAUGAAAGGUGUCACAACGCCGACAAUUAAAUAAUAUGGUGACUUUUUUCUGGCUCUCUUCAUUCUAGCGUUUAUGCGCCAUUUUGCGUUUUCGUUGCCUUGGAAAAUGAGUUAAAUAUUUUUUUAGACUGCGAAACAUUACAAAACAAGGUAAUUUUUAUUGCUUAUGAUAUGUUCAUUUAAAUGAGCUGUAUAAGUUGAAUCUACCUGUUACCUGUAGUACACGGCAUGCCGUUAUUUGUUUGCGUGUGCAUUUGUAUCUGCACUUUCUUUGUCUUGUUCUUUGUGAGCUUUCAUGCCAUUUAAAGCUGUUUUUGAUCCGUUUUCAACGAACAGGAAGUCACCAUCCUCGAUUCCAAAAUAGCAUCGGAAUACGAUAUUUGACUUCCGGUGGUAAGACAACUGCAACCAAUACCCAUAUCGUAUGGGUUUUCCAUAUUUUUUUAUCAUUCAAUACUAUUAUUAGCAAACCGGAAGUCGAAACAAGAUUAUAUUCUAUAUUCUGGAAUCUACGUUCAUCUGAUGUUGACAAAACAUAGAGAAAAAGUUCAUUUGAAUGUUUGGAAAUGGAACUGAAGAUACGAUUGUAAAUUCAAAAGUCGGAAACAGCAAAAACUCAGGUGUUGCCACUUCACAAAAGUAUUUGAUUGCGACAAACCAAUCUAACUAUAAAAUGUUCUCCAGCUGAUGAUUCUUAUAGGAAUGUUUCUAAAUAUUACUAUAACAUCGUUUAAUUUUGUGUGACUUAUACAUGAAAACGUAAAAAAGUGUUUGUAGUGAGUCAAAAUGUUUUUAAGUCACGCUGGAAUGGAUUGUAUACUUUGCGUGAUAUGACAACAACUUCUUGAGACAGUAUCACUAUUUGUGGACCGAUCUAAACCAAAUUUUGCGGGUUUUCGAUCUUUAUUGGUGAGAGAAACUCAGAGAAACCCAAUUAUAAAAAUGUUUGAACUUAAGUUAUUUUUGAUAAACUAAAAAAAUGCUCUUUUUUGUGACGUGACAAUGCUUCAAAAUACCUGUUUUUCAUAAAAUUACAUGUUUCUCAAUUAUGUUAUGCUGACAAGUACGGUUAUUUUGAAUGUUAAUUUUUAACAACUGCUUUUCUUACAUGUGUUUUGGUCCAUCUUCGAUUUUUGCCUAUUGCAAAAAUGGAUUAAAGAAUCUGUAUCAAAUAUACGUUACCCGCGUAAAUUCGAAAGUCGAGAUUCAUUUUGAACAAACCUCAUAUAUUGAUUUAUAUUCUGCAAUCUAUACUCUUUUUAUUUUAUUCUACAAUCUAUCGCCAUCUCUCACGCAGCUUAAAAAUUCUAUCCUUCUAGAACAUGUUUGUUUUCUCGUAUCUUUUAUGCUGGUCAUAGAAUCAAACUUGGUUCUGUCGAUUCGCAACGAUCAUACAUAUUGAGAAAAACUAAGUUAAGUAAAGCUUUCAUCAAGAGAAUUCAAUUCAAUGUAAGCAUUAGACAUGUGCGGCCCGGAGAGCUAUUAUGACAAGUUCUGAAUCGCGAAAUAUUUGUUUUGAUAACCUCUAGAAGUCAUCGGAAGACAGUUUACGUCUAGAAUUUGAAACAUAAAAGUCAGAGCAAGAAAAACAGUUUUUCAUAGUGACCCCCAAUUCGGCUGUAUUGAAGGAUAGAGAAAACGUUGUUCUACAAAGUUACUAAAAAAAUAGAGGAUACAACUUGGCGAACUAUGUUCACCGCUAUCUACGAAGAAAAGACAGUUAGAUUAUUGGUUUUACCUAAAACAUUGGUCGAAGACAGUUUUUAUCUAGAGGAAAACUGUCGAGCUCUAGAUGUAAACUUCCUCCAAAAUUCGUUUCCAAAGCCAUUGCGCAUUGCAAUUAAAUUAGGCUUUCGGUAAAGCUGUAAAUUUUCAAUUUAAUGCAUUUUUUCAAUUCACAUGUAAUAUACACUUUCUGUUCAUCUGUGCAGGAAUAAAAACGUGCUUAAGCCAAAAAAUUUUAUAUUUUGAUAUUUUUCGAAGAAUUUUAUUGAGUGAAUGAAACCGAGUAUAAUACAAAAUAACCAAAUAUUCCACUACUUUGUUCUCUACAAAGAAGAAAUAUUUAGAUGAUAGAGCGACGUUGAGAAAGAGAUUAUGAUUUUUGGAAGUUUUCUCAUAUAAUUUGUCACAUUUCAGAUCAACGUUGUGUUUGACAAUUAUUAUAACUUACAUGGUUUCAACAUUGAGUAGUGAAUUUUAUUUUGUCCCCAUAUUUUCCAUAUCAGAAAAAAAAUCCCUCUAAAAGUUGCGAUACUACAAGGUAGACACAAAAUAUAGAGCAAUUCUACGCCAAAAUAGCCGAUUUCGACGCGACCCUCGCGAUUUUUUCUUACGUAGGACUACGUUUUUCAGUGAGUGUCCCAAAUCAGAAAACAUGUCACGUUUUUAUUAAAUAAAGAUAACAUGAAUAAUUACUUUCGAUGCGAAUGAAUUUAAUCUACCGCACGAAAUUGGAUCGGAAAUUUUUUGUUUGAUGUACUCUUCAUUUUGAUUCUCUCAUCCGCAAACGUUUUGAGUUAACGAAAAAUGGAAGCAUUCCCAUUUUCCCACAAAUGUGUUCUACUCAUUUGCGUGCUUACCUACCAGUGCUGUCAAUAUGGCGCAACUUAUGCAUCAAAUGCAGCGUUUGUUCUAUGGGCAUCGUGGAGAGAGAAAAUAUUGCAAUGUAAGCUUUGUCUGUUUUUAACUGAUCACGAAUGAGGGGCUCAAAAUGAUAGGGGUGUAAGUGACAUUACCGAUUUCUCUACAUGGACUCUCUCUUUUGGUCAUAACUUAGCCGCAAACACAUUCCCAGCUGUAUCUGACAAUGUGGAAGACAGAUCAGAACCUCAUCUAUCGAAUUCUAUAGCAAACUCAAAUUGGAACGUUUUCGCAGAUGAGUUAUUAACUGAAGAAAAAGUUGAUAAAGAGAAAUCGAUCAAGUCACUCACAUCCCUUUCCUUCUGAGCCCCUCAAAUAGCUGAGUGUAAAUAAAAUCAGUUUUCGUGAAUUAAAAAAUUGUUCCCGGGUUAAAAGUGGCGCCAAAGUGCAGCGUACUUCAAGUCGAAUGUUUUUGGCAACCGGUUCGCGCGUUUGCUUUAUUGGUAAUUUCGUCGAGAGGGGUCUAAGUGGUGCGUUACGCUCCAAUUGUAUUUUGUGUUAAUCUGAAGGAAUGCAGAGGAAGAGGUUUAAACUACGGAAGACAACACAUUUAACUUCUCGAAGUUGAAAGAAAUUUCCGAACCUUCAGGUGGGACAAGAUACUGUCACAUCGAAAAUGAAGAACGCGGAGAAUGUUGUGCAUUAUUUCCGGGUAAUUCCGCUACUAUCAUUACUGUGCAAAGUGCAACAUAUUUCAAACCGGAUGUAAGGAAAAUAUUAUCAAGUGGUGUGAGCUGUGUUCUUCGGUAAAAACAUAUGACAUGAAAUUGUUUUCCGCAACGCUUGUUCCCGCCAGCAAUAAUUUUGUGGUCUUACGUUAUCGAUGCGGUCGAGUCUUGGACACCCCUUCUAUUUUUUUUAAACCUUGUGGCAGCUAUUCAAAACCACAAUUUUCGUUAUAAGAUAACCCAACAAUUAAUAUAAUCGACUUUUGAGAAGAAUAAUUACUCAGAAUUGUUGACAAAUCAAUGAAGUAUUAAGUAAAAACAUCAUUUUGAAUACACUGUUCAAAAUCUUACUCUAAAAUUUUGUUCAAUAUUGAAAAUUUUGAUUACUCGAUUUUUUUUAAAUAUAUUAUUACAAAAUCCCUUCAAUUUAACAAAGUUUGACAUACAGUGGUGACAAAAUGAAGAUAUAAAUAAAAAAUUAAAUCCAAUACUUUGCAAAAUGUAAAUCGUGAAAAAUAAUUUCAGAUAUUUUUUUUGUUUCAUUUCAAUGUGUCCGACACAACACCACUCUAUAUCAAAAAUUUUUAAAUAGAAAAGAGUUUCUAAUAAAUUAUCGAAGGGGAAACGUUUUGAGUUAAGAACAUUUCUGAUAUUAAACUCAGGAUUCUAACGGUGCAAUUAUAGUGUUAUUUUUCCAAAAUAUUUCAUUUAUUUUCCAACAACUUUUCCGUACAUCAUAUUUUAAUCAGACGUCUAUAUUCUGAGUUAUGGUUUCUCGCAAAGAAGGGUCAAUGAUUCAAGAUAUUCCCUUAUAAAAAAAUAGUCGUAUUUUAAAUUGGUCAUCUGAUAAGUGAGUUGCGCAAAUCAAAUUGUUACAUACAGCAUUGUCAUUUAUUUUUACAUGCAAUUUGCCACUAAAGAGGAAGCACCUUUUCUUUCUCCAGUAAUUAAAAAACCCUAUCUAAUCUAAUGACAUCAAAUGAAUAUGGAAACGAAUUGCUGUGAAGCUGCUUAUGUAUGUUGGGUUCUAGCUAACAUUCAAUGUUGAUAUCGGCAUUGAUACCGCUGAAUGAAAGAGUGAAACAACGGAAAAAACAAUGAAACCAUAGAAUGUCGAGUUUUUUUUUUGUUAUUUUGGGAAUAGCUAUCUGAUUUUAGUUUAAGAAUUCUUCAUUUAAAAUAGAAUGCAUUAAUUAUUAACAAUAGAGCCAUCAUUUUGAGCAUUGAAUGAGUUAAAUUUAGGGAUUUCUGAACAGUUUCAAAAAACUCAAUUCAAAAUCAUUUGUCUUCAAAGUCCUACGCCAAGUCUCCGUCCAUACCUCUAGGCACAGAACCUUAUACCUUUUUUUUUUUUUUUUGAGCGAAUGAUGAACUGAACAUGUAGAACAAUUCGUAGAUUCCUGCUAUUCGAUCCCAAAGCGACCAAAAAAUAACUCCCCGCGUAAAGCGGGCAAAACAUCAAAGUACAGGCAAAAGCAAACACACGGAACUCCAAGAGAUUAUAAACACAGAAUAUAUCUAGUAACGAUUUGUAGUAAGACUUUCUUCUAGAUUGAUUAACAAAAUAAUCAACAGCAUUAAAUAGAGAAAAACAUAAAAAAAGGUAUGAUAGACAAAUGCGAGUUCAGUGACGAAUGAGCAGAGGUAACGUCAUAAGUUGUGUCAAAUUUAUAUACACAAUCACACACGGAAAAAAACUGCCAAAAUACUACGUAUGUUAUUACUUAUUUACAGUUUAAGUUCGGUUUGUAAGAUUAUUUAUUAUCUCCAUACACACUAGUAGCGGUUAGCAAGUGGCAGUAAGUGUCAAACGAAUCGGUAAAGUUUUACUCCCAAAAGACUUUUCUAUUUACAAAGCAGAAUAUUUUUAAUGGCGGUUUGUUGACGUUUUGAGACGAAUUGUUAUUGUCCAACUCCUAUGGGUAUAUCUUUUUAGCGUAAUAAUUCCCCCUCCCCCAGUAAUGAUAGUAGCUAUUUAAUUGUUGAAAGGUUAAAAUCGCGGGUAAUUGGUUAUUUUUCUCUCCUACGAGGACACGUGAAACGAAGUGGCAGAGGAGAGCUAUUAGAACAAACGAUUCGUCCUAGUGAAGAAAGAAGUCAAAUGCACACCUAAAAUUUGCUCAUUUGUUUUCAUAACGGAAAUAUUAGCAGCGCUGCAUUUUUCUGCUCUCAAAAAAUAUAUUAUAAAAAAAACAAAAACAAAUCAUUCCCAUUAAUAAAAACACUCAAACAAACAAAAAAAUCUCCAGAAUCAUUCUUCAAACGUAGCAAAAGAAGGAAGUGAGAACGGAACGAUUAGCAGCGGUAGAAAUAAACGAAAACAUCA